GGCAGUGCGAACAGCGAGCCAGUCUGGUCCAAGCCAUGGUUCACUGAGUCUGUUAUUGACGCCAGGCGCAGGCUGUUAAUAGCUUUACGCCUUAUAAUGUCCUGAUCCUGCUGGUGGAACUAACGCGGAGAAUUGGGCUGGAUGUGCGGGGACGCUUCGUGUUUUUCCCAUUAUUACAGAGCCACCAGAGCUUGAGGCAUGUCUUUUUUGGAUACACUUGCAUGAACUAAGGCUGGUUGGCAGAUUUGUUUGCAGCAGUUACUUGACAAAGACGUGCGGGACAGCGGAUUGAAUCGCGUCGAGCUGAGCGUUUGUUUGUUAAAAAAAACAAACAAACAAAAAAAAAAAAAAGUGAAAAUGCGCUAACUGUUCGUUUUUUCUCCCACGGAAACGCUGGAGAUGUGUGAAGCGUGCUUAGAGAUUGAUAUUGUCCGAUGCGAAACGAUCUCUCAUCUUCGUGCAGGGUAAAAGGAAGAUCUGUCUUCACUGUAAGUGCCCUCGUGAGGAGCAUGUUGUGGCAGCCAUGCCUCUAGAGAUGGAGAAGACAGUGACCAAGCUGAUGUACGACUUCCAGAGGAACUCGACAUCUGACGAUGACUCGGGCUGUGCUCUGGAAGAGUAUGCCUGGGUGCCACCUGGACUCAAACCUGAGCAGGUUCAUCAGUAUUACAGUUCUUUGCCGGAGGAGAAGGUACCAUACGUGAACAGUCCUGGGGAGAAACAUCGCAUCAAACAGCUUCUGCAUCAGCUGCCCCCACAUGACAACGAAGUGCGAUACUGUAACGGCUUGGAUGAUGAGGAAAAGAGAGAGCUGAAGCACUUCAGUAACCAGAGAAAGAGAGAGAAUCUGGGCCGUGGUAAUGUCAGGCCCUUCCCUGUGACUAUGACCGGAGCAAUAUGUGAACAGUGUGGAGGACAGAUAAAUGGUGGUGACAUUGCUGUCUUUGCAUCACGAGCGGGUCAUGGGGUGUGCUGGCACCCACAGUGCUUUGUGUGCAGCAUGUGUGAUGAGCUGCUGGUGGAUCUUAUCUACUUCUACCAGGAUGGGAAGAUCUUCUGUGGCCGCCACCACGCCGGGAGACUCAAACCGCGUUGUUCUGCCUGUGAUGAGAUCAUUUUUGCAGAUGAGUGCACAGAAGCAGAGGGCAGACAUUGGCACAUGAAACACUUCUGCUGUUUCGAGUGUGAUACGGUUCUGGGUGGCCAGCGUUACAUCAUGAAAGAGGGCCGUCCUUACUGUUGCACCUGCUUUGAGUCGCUGUACGCAGAAUACUGUGACUCCUGUGGGGAACACAUUGGGAUUGACCAAGGCCAGAUGACAUAUGACGGCCAACACUGGCAUGCCACCGAAGCCUGUUUUAGCUGUGCCCGCUGUAAGAAGUCCCUGCUUGGCUGCCCAUUUCUACCCAAGCAGGGUCAGAUCUUCUGCUCUCGGGCGUGUAGCAUUGGCGAUGACCAAAAUGGCUCAGAUUCCUCGGAUUCUGCUUUCCAGAGUGCUCGUUCCCGCGGGGCCCGGCGCAGCAGCUCCAAAUCCAACAAGAGCACCAAUAACAGUGGUAGUGGAGAAGGGAGCCAAGGGAGGAAUGGUUCUGCAGGGCAUUAUUCUGCUGACGUUGACCCACUUUCUCUUCAAAUGGAUUUGCUUAGUCUUUCCAGUCAAACGCCCAGUCUGACCCGCGAACCUCCAUCCUGGAAGACGCAGACAGAAAUGUAUGGGUAUAAGGGUCGUAAUGAACUCUCUUCGAACCCUCUUCAUAUGCUCAGUCAAUGCAACAUCCGACCUUCUUGUCCCUCAAUUCCAUCUCCUGGUCACCCAGCAGAUCCCUGGCCUAAAGAACCUGUGACCUCCAAGAGACCCCCCAUUUCUUCUCUGAAAGGACAGUCUUUGAAUGAGAACUGGUUUCAACAAGGACCAGAGGACUAUUUCUCACCCAAACUGAGGUCACAGACUAGCUUUAAAGAGGUUCCACAGAACAGCUUCAUGGAUAAACGUUCCAUAAGCUUGCAUGUAUUCCAGAGGGAGAAAGAGAUGGAAGUUGGGCCACAGAUGGGCCGCAGCAGGAACCCCAUCAGUGCACUUAGCUUUAGCGAGCAGCUCACACCACUUGAGCAAACUCCACAUGGCUCUAUGGAGUCGCUGGCUCUGUCUAAUGCUACAGGCACCUCUGCAGAUGGUGGCAGUAAGCGGCAAGAACACUUGUCUCGCUUCUCAAUGCCAGAUUUGAGCAAAGAUUCUGGCAUGAAUGUGUCUGAAAAGAGUAACAUGGGCACACUCAACUCUUCAGUACAGUUCCACAGCUCAGAAUCACUCCGCAGCCUGAACUCCGCACAGCCCUACCUGGAGCUCGAAGCCCCAGUGCAAGUCAAAUUCCCUGGGCAAUACACCCGUGAACCUCCUGGAAUUAAUGCUUUGCCACCUGGAUUUGCCUAUCAGCAGGAAGAUCGAGCAAGUUUGGUGAGCAAUGCCAACAACGCCCGUCUACCACCCAUGAGCGAACGGACAUGCCGCCGCAGCAUCGACCAGGAAGAGCCACGCCAACGACACCAUCACCGCUCUCGCCGUUCCAGACGUUCACGUUCAGAAAACGCACUUAAUCUUGCUGCGGAGCGCCACCCAGCCCCAAAGCGUUCUCAGCUUCAUGUUCGUGAGGAUUACGACCAGUUUCCUCCUCGUGGACCACGUGAUCUGCACAGUAGUGGAAGCGGCAGGUUGAGGCAGCAGCCAUUUAGACCUUGCCCUCGAACAACCUCUGACUUGACGCUUCAAAACCCUGCACCGCACAGACACCAAAGCCUCUAUUCGUGGGACCAGUACGAUUAUGAUGACGACUGGUGCUCAACAUGUUCCUCAUCAUCUGAGUCAGAGGAUGAAGGGUAUUUUCUGGGUGAGCCCAUUCCCAGACCGGUCCAGCUGAGGUAUAUGACCAGUGAAGAGUUACUACGCAAAUAUAACAAUUCAGGACUAGGCGCAUCCAGUCAGUUGGGGAGCCGUGGACAAUUACACAAACGCAAACGUAGGAAAAGCAAAAACUGCAUUAUCUCCUAAAAGUUAUGCCUGCUGCAUCCUGCACAAUCUUGCACAACAAGAUUUCAUCCGUCCCUAGACCUAAGUCAGGGUAGGUGUCAUCUUUAAUUUGACGCAAAUCUUGUUUUCAUUCGCGUCAAAGUAAAGGUGCACUCAGUAUGUAUUUUGCUGAUUUAUAAACUUAGUAUUUAUAGUAUUAUAAUAGUAUUUUUUAAAACGUUUAGUACAUUCACAUGAUAUGAAGGCUCGUCAUAUGAGAGAAAAAGCUGCUUUAUUCUACAUAUGGUGCUGGGCACACAUUCAUGAGUGCCACCAUGUUGAGAUCAUGUGACUAGCUGAAUGGUACGCACUAUUUUUUCAGUAAUCCCCUGUAAUCGGUUGCUUUCACUCGUAGAAUAUAUUAAUCAUUGCUGACAGUGAAUAGUGCAUUUAUACAAUGGCAUUGGUAACUGAAAAUGUCUGUAUUUGCAUGAUGCUGCAUCUACGCCACUAGGUUACAGCGCAACAUGAACAUUUUAACUGAGUGCACAGUUAAAUGUGCCAUUUACCCUGACUAAGGUCCUUUGCAAAUAACUGUUAAAAAAGGCUUAUCAGUUAAUAAUACGCAGUUAUUUAAUUUUUAACCAUAUGAUAUUUCUAAAUUAUUCUGGAUGUUACAUUUUUUUGGACUUCACCUUCAUUCUGCAGCACUGUUGCCACGAUUGUUACAGCUAAUGUGCAAUUUGUUAUGUGAAGCAUUCAGGCACAGUGCCUUUUUUUUUCCUGAAAAGUUUAGAGAAAUGUUGCUUUGGGCUGAAAAUCCCAUUUUAGUCAGCAGUGAAAUGUAUAUACACAUUUGAAUGAAGAAAAUUCACUAAGUUAAGGAUGUAAUGUAAAUUAGUUGUAAAUUAUGUACCACAUAUUUUUAUAUUUUGUAUCAAUAGAAUCAUUUAUGUACUAAGCAUUAUGUAGAGAAAAUAGUUAAGGCAUGCACAUUAAUUUGCUGAUUUUUGUCCUGUAUUGGAAAUUAAAAAGUAUUUCUGUGAGAUUUGA